UCGUUGGACCAAAGCUCACAGUAAGACUGUAAGAAUAACCAGUUUAAAUUGAGCCUGCUUUGCAGCGGUAGCUACUACCAAAUCAUCUCAACAUUGCUUGCGAUUGCUUGCUAGCUAGCUAGUAGCACGACUGGUACGAUGACCAAUUAUCCAUACUCUUCCCCACCACCACCGCCUUCACCACCGUGUAAUAGCUCAACUUCCCCAGUGCUCCUCGCUCCACCACCACCUCCACAUCCACCACCAGCAUGUACAUGUAACAAAGCUACUCCAACACCCCCACCACCGUCACCUUCAUCUUAUUACUCCCCACCAUUUGCUUCAUUAUCACCACCGCCACCGCAGCCACCUUCAUCUCACUAUUCUCCACCACCCCAAACCCCAUCACAAACUCCACCAGUACUUCCAUUACCUUCACCGCCACCACCACCACACUUUUAUUAUUCCCCACCAGUACUUUCACCGCCACCACCAAAAUCAAACCAUCCAUCUUACUUUCCAUCACCACCGCCUCCUUCAUCCGACUACUCACGACCGCCGCCACCAUCACCACUUGCACCAUCUCCAUACCACUUUCCGCGAACUCCACAUUCUUCACCAGUAUCUCCCUUGGCAAGCCCUCUUAAUCAUCAUAAUUCAAUUCCUCCGAAUUAUUAUGAUUCAUCACUUGCACCAGCACCUGGCUUGUUGCCAUCUAGCAAUGAGCCACGCACACCUAUUCUUACCGCCUGUGUCUCCGUAGGCGGUGUAUUUUUCCUUGCAUUUAUAGUAAUUGGUCUCCUUUCCACGGCCAUGAAGAAGAAAGUGCCAAGACUGCCAGGAAGGCCAAGCAUGUCGCCUGGGCCGGGUCAACCCUCUCGUCAAGAGUUUAAAAGCGAGCCCGCACAACAAGUUCAAGAACUUAAGAGCAAGCCCGCAGGCCCUGAGCACGUGAUUGAAAUGGGCGAUCAUGAUUCAGAGGUGCAAAAGGUACCGAUUCCUCCGGAUCACGUUGCUGGUGACAUUGUCGAGCAAGCUGCUCCACAGCAAACCAAUAGCCCAAAUGUGACUGACAAGAUUAGUUCGAAUACAGAGAUUGGCAAGCCUUUCGAUGAACAAAGUUUGAAUGACAACAUGGAUGAUCCCCAAGGUGCAGAUGAAGAAAAAUUAGAGAAGAACGGAAGGAGGAGCCUAGGCGAUGACACUGUGACAAACAAUGCAAAUGCAUCUCCAAAUGUUGGGGAAGGAUCAGCUAAAGUUGAAGAAGAACCGAAUGAAUCAAAAAAGAAACUUCGCCUACCCAAGAGAAGCAAGCCUUCGAGUAGUAGUGAAAAGAAGGGGAAGGGAAAACAAAAUUAUUCAGGAGCCCUUCAAGUUUUUAAUGUUGCAUCUGCUUUAGAUCUAGAUGUGCCAGAACAAGUUGAAGAUGGGGGAAAAGAUACAGAGCAAAUAAGUGAAUCAGAAGCUAAAGACGAUGGUUCAACUAAUGUAGAUAAAACUCAUAAAAGUGAACAACCAAGGGGAGAUGAACAAGAAGACCAAACUGGGGCAAACAAUACAGGCUCUGCCAAAGAUGUGGAGGGAGGAUCUAACGUUGCUGGUGAGACUGUCGAACAAGCUGCUCCACAGCAAACCAAUAGCCCAAAUGUGACUGACAAGAUUAGGUCGAAUACAGAGAUUGGCAAGCCUUUCGACGAACAAAGUUUGAAUGACAACAUGGAUGAUCCUCCAGGUGCAGAUGAAGAAAAAUUAGAGAAGAACGGAAGGAGGAGCCUAGGCGAUGACACUGUGACAAACAAUGCAAAUGCAUCUCCGAAUGUUGGGGAAGGAUCAGCUGAAGUUGAAGAAGAACCAAAUGAAUCAAAAAAGAAACUUCGCCUACCCAAGAAAAGCAAGCCUUCGAGUAGUAGUGAAAAGAAGGGGAAGGGAAAACAAAAUUAUUCAGGAGCCCUUCAAGUUUUUAAUGCUGCAUCUGCUUUAGAUCUAGAUGUGCCGGAACAAGCUGAAGAUGAGGGAAACGAUACAGAGCAAAUAAGUGAAUCAGAAGCUAAAGACGAUGGUUCAACUAAUGUAGAUAAAAGUGAACAACCAAGGAGAGAUGAACAAGAAGACCAAACUGGGGCAAACAAUACAGGCUCUGCUCAAGAGGUGGAGGGAGGAUCUAAUGCAACUGGAGAAGAUUCGAAUGAAUCCAAAAGGAAACGCAACCUGCCCACGAACAAAUCUUCGAGUAGACGGAGUAGUAGGGCAAAGGAGGGGAAAGGAAAGUGUCCUAAAGUUGGCCAAAUUCUAAAUGUUGUACAAACAUUUGAUGUCGGCGACGUGGACCAAUCUCUAAGUGGUGAUAACAACGAAGAGCAGGUGUCGGAAGCUGAAGAUGAUAGCAAAGACGUGCUUUCUGAAGGUUCAAAUAAUGCAGAAGAUGCAGUAGGAAAGCCUACUGCGGAAGUGCAAGAAGAUCCGGAAGAUGGCAAGCUUCCCAGUCACCAAACUGAUACAAACAACACAGACUCUGCCCAAGAUGUGAAUCAAGGAUCAGAUGCUAUUGGAGAAGACAAAAAGAAAUUCAGCCAGUCCCAGAACAAAUCUUCAAAUAGUGGGGCAAAGAAGGGCAAAGGAAAGUCUUCUGGAGUCCGUCAAAUUCUAAAUUUUGCACAAACAGUGAAUCCACGAAACGCGGAACAAUCUCAAGAUGGUGAUAAUGAUGCCGAGCAAGUAAGUCAAUCGGAAGCUCAAGAUGAUGAUGACGAUGAUAAUGACGAAGACUUGGUUCAUGGUGGUUCAAAUGAUGCUGAAGAUAUGGAAGAAAAACCAACUGAGGAUGAGCUAGAAGAAGAUCAGGGUGAUAACGAGCCUCUCAGUCGCCAAAUUGAGGCAAAGAAGAUGGACUCCGCUCGAGAUGUGAAUGAUGCAAUUGGAAAAAAAUCCGGUGACUCCAAAAACAAGCUGUGCAUACCUGAGAAGAACAAAAAUCCACGCAAUGGUUCAAAGAAGAGAAUGGAUUCCAGAAUUCGUCAAGGUAUAACUGCAGGAGAUACUUCUGGUCUAAAUGACGCGAAACAAUCUCAAGAUGAUGGUAACAAUGAAGAUCAAGUAACUGAAUUAGAAGGUGAGGAAGAUGACGGGGAAUUGCUUUCAAGUGAUUUAAAUAAUCCAGAAGAAAUAGAAGAUCAACCAACUGCCGAUGAGCAAGAGCCUCACCAAGCUGGGACAAACAAUGCAGACUCCAGUCAAAAUUUUGAGGAAGGAUCUAAUGCAGUUCGAGAAGAAACAAAUGAUUCCAAAAAGAAAUUGCGCCUACCCAAGGAUAUACAAUAUUUGAGUAGUGGUGCAACGAAGAGGAAUGAUCAGUCAUCUUCCAGGAGGGGUGCAAAGAAGGGAGAAAUACAGUCCAGGACUCCUGGUCCAAGAGGAGUAGAAAAAUCUCAAGAUGAUCUCAACGAUGAAGAGCAAUAUGAAGUGAUAACUCAGGAUGAUAAAGAGCCAUAUGAAUCAGAACCUCGAAUUGAUGGUGAAGAAUUGACUGCAGGUGAUUCAAACACUGUAGAUGAUGAACGCGAACUAGACGAGCCUCUCAGCCACCAAAGUGAGAGAAAGAACAGAGAUUAUGCACAACUUGUGGAGGAAGAACCUGAAGCAGUUAAAGAUGAAACAAGUGUUUUCAAAAAUAAAUUGAGCCUACCCAAGAAGGAAAAAUCUUUGAGUAGCAGCGGUGUCAGGUCCAGAAAAGAAAGCUCUUCUAAUAAUUCUCAAGUUCUAAAUACUGGAAGGUAUUUUGAUCUAGUUGGUGCAACACAAGAUGAUAACAAUGACGCCGAAGAAGUACAUCAAUUAGAAAAUGUUGAUGAUGCCACGAGUGUUGAUUAUACUGAGUCAGUACAAUGUCAAGAAGAUGAAAAUGGGGGAGGACAAAUGCAGGAAUCUGAAUUUCAGCUUCAGCAUGAUGAUAAAGACUUGAAUUUAGGUGGCAAAGCUUCAAACUUGGGAAUGGUUUCUUUGGACGAUGUGCAAGGCAAAGUUGAAGUGUCUGGUCCAUUUGCUAGUGCUCAAGGAAGUAAACAGGCUCUCAACAUAGUUAUGGUUCAUCAUGGUGGGGAUUAUAAAUUUGACAAAGCAAAGGUACAUGAACUGAAAGCCGGCAGUUCAAAGAAAGAGUACUCACAAGAGCGAAAAGAUCGUACUCAGGUACAAGAGGCAGAAAAGCUUUUCAAUCAUGGAAAUACUGGGACUGCUGCAAGCCUUUGUGAUCCAAGCAUGGCAAUGAUUUCUUUUGACGAUGAAGAUGACAAAGUACAAGAGUCAGAGCCAAUUGUCUCAAAUGUAGAUACAUUCUUGGGUCAGCUGCAUGCUACUGGUGGAGGAAUUGAACAGUCACCUAAUUUUUUACAAAAUUUAUCCACCACAAAUGAUGAUGAUCCAGCUGAGGAAUUGAAGAGAGGGUAUGGCAUUUACAAAGGCAAAAAAGCAGAAGUACAUCAGCUGAGCAAAGACUCACGCAUGAUCAAAGGUCAGAUUAUGGUUCCUCGAACAGGAACAAAGCCUCGUAAUUUCGACAAAACGGUGACAGCCAGAAUUGGUGAUAAUCUAGGGAAGGGAUUGGUGUCUCUCGGGGGUGACCAAGAAGGAGGAUCAUAUAAAGAUGGGACAAGUGAAGAUGUGCGCGCCUCCGGUCAUACUAGUAAGGAACCACAACAACUUUUUAAUAUUGUCCGAAGUUUGGCUGCCACAGAUGAAGGUGAUCCAAAUAUAGAACUGGAAAUUUUUGAGGAUGACAAAGAUCAGUUGGAAUUAGAAUAUCCAAACAAAGAGUUGAGCAUCAAAGAAACCUCUCCAGUGGAAUUAGAGCCUUCAGCAGAGGAUCAAAGUGUGUCUGUGACCGGUGAGGAUGAUCCAGACGUGCUACAAUUUCUUAACAAUGAAUUCGACGAAGCACCAGAUUUGUCAAAUAAAGAUGCUCGUCCGGGAAAGCCCCUUUCUCGCCCUCGUGCCACUAAUCUCAGAGGAAAAAGAAGAUCAUGAUUCAAGCCUUUGCUAAAUGCUGUUGCAGUUGCACAAUCUUUGUCAGGUGUCUCACAAGCUCAAUGAAUCAUCUCGUGUGAUUAGGUUCGUCUUCAACCAUGCAUGCGUGUUAUAUUUCAAUUUCGAUAUAUACCUUUAAUAUAUCAAUAAUGGUGUUCGUCCUCCUGGAUGCCUUGUUUGCAGUCAUGUUCUUAUCAAUUUGUUUAGACUAGCCUCUUGCCUGA